AUGAACGUCGCAGGAUUCAACGUGAAUCACUUCGAUAUCGCUCCUCGUUAUGCUUCCAUUUUGAUGGGACUGUCAAAUGGUUUUGGGGCACUCGCUGGUCUUAGUGGUUUCAUCACACAGCAUCUCACCGUCAAUAAUCCUGCUGGCUGGAAGUACUGCUUCCUCCUCGCCAUGUCUGUUGAUAUUUUCGGCAUAAUCUUCUUCUUAUUAUUCGCCAAAGGAGAAGUACAGGACUGGGCACGUGAACCCGAACCGGAAGAAACGCUAGGAGAGUUCCAACUUUGGUCCGUAAUAUGUCGUCAAGGCGACGAUCAGUCGGUUCACGUGGUGAGAGCGCUCAGAUCGACUAGCGCCAGCAUGGAAGAAGAACGAAACAACUCGUCCGAAAUGGAGCCAAGAAAAGUAUCAGAAGGGGAGCCAAGAAAAGUAUCAGAAGGGGCCGAAGUGACGCUGCCUGAAGAGAAAGUUCACGAUCCCAGAAAGACCACCGAUCGGCCGGAAGUGUAA